GGCUUUGGGGCGGACGCUCCGCUCCUAGAGGGAAGGAGAAGGGAUCAGCAGCGGGAGCUGAGGGGAGGGAGAGGCCGGUCCGGGUCUGGCCUCUGCUGCUGCUCUCCCGAGGUCUCCAGGCCGGGUUGUGGCUCUGUCCUCGGCUUCUGGGUACCGUCUGCGAGGCUCGUCCGGCCAGUGUGGGAGAGCCGCGGGUGGCAGCCGCCACAUCAUGUCGGCCAAGGACGAGCGGGCCAGGGAGAUCCUGAGAGGCUUCAAACUAAAUUGGAUGAACCUUCGGGAUGCUGAGACAGGGAAGAUACUCUGGCAAGGAACAGAGGACCUGUCGGUCCCUGGUGUGGAACAUGAAGCCCGUGUUCCCAAGAAAAUCCUCAAGUGCAAGGCAGUGUCUCGAGAAUUGAAUUUUAGUUCGGCAGAACAAAUGGAAAAAUUCCGCCUGGAACAAAAAGUUUACUUCAAAGGACAAUGCCUAGAAGAAUGGUUCUUCGAGUUUGGCUUUGUGAUCCCUCACUCUACAAAUACCUGGCAGUCCCUGAUAGAGGCAGCACCUGAGUCCCAAAUGAUGCCAGCCAGCGUCCUGACGGGGAACGUCAUCAUAGAGACAAAGUUUUUUGACGAUGAUCUUCUUGUAAGCACGUCCAGAGUGAGGCUUUUCUACGUUUGAGAGAAGAACUUGUGUACACUUCAAGAAUUGGGGUUUUGCGGGGAGGAGGAAAUUGUUUACUUUUUUCCUCCACACAUUUGAUUUUUGACACUUCACCCAAUUACCUUGAUGCAGAACCUGCUUAUGGCCACCAGGGACCAGCUUCAUGUAGGUAACCAGAUGGCUUUUUUCUCCCAAGCUGCCAUCUUCCACUGACCAGUCUACACUCCCAACCUGAGAUCAGGGCAGGCGAUAUGCCUCGACUCCUUCCUGGUACACACACAGGAACAAGCCCAUACCUCAAACCAGUACUGCAACUGUCACCUGCCCCACCUGCUCCUUGGGCCCUACAGGCUUCCUUUCGCUCUCGUCAAAUUGGAACAUUCA